AUGGCUUCAAACUCAAAGCGUCUCAAAUCAUGCUCAAACUCAAAGCGUCUCAAACCAUGCUCAAACCAUGAGGAUAGGAUCAGUGGGUUGCCAGAUGAAAUUCUUUGCCACAUUCUCUCCUUCCUUUUCACCAGAGAGGCUGUGAAGACUAGUGUUUUAUCUCAUAGAUGGACAAAUGUGUGGACUUCUGUUCCCAUUCUAGAUUUGGAUGAAGAAGAAUUUCACAUAGACUUUAAACGUCGUGCCUUGCCAAAAGGCUCACAACUAAUAAGACAUGUCCCUGAUUGGUUUGCACAGUAUGUGAAUCGUGUGCUUUUGUUUCGCUGCCCUGGAGACAUUCAAAGAUUCCGCCUUGUAGUUGGAAGGAUGGAUGAUGUUUCUCGUAUUUAUGCUUGGAUUGCCACUGCCAUUAGGCGUAAUGUUGUGGAACUUGAUCUUGCUGUCGGCAUAACUAGGAAACCAAAUUUUGAGAUCCCCAAAAGGCUUUUCAUGUGCAGCACAUUGUUCUGA